CAGUGUUAAGAAAAUAUUUACUAAAUACAAAAGUUUACAAAAAUAACACCAUAAAAUAACAAUAACGAGGCUAUAUACAGGGGGUACCGGUACCGAGGCAAAUAUGCAGGGGUACAGGUUAUUCGAGCCUGUUGUACGUAUUGAACAUUAAUUUAGCAUGCCUUACCUAUGGCUCUUGGGUCCAUGAAAUGGGGCAUCAGCCUACUCAAUUAUUUUAUUUUGUGGAAAUUAUAUAACAUUCCGACCUUGUUUAGCAUUCAUUAUAUUGUCCAAAUAUGGCAUAUGGUAUCCGUUUGAAUCGCUUUCAAUGAGGGACUUUUAUUUUGAAGGCGAACCACACAUUCCACUAUUGUGGCUAAUCCUUAUUGUGGCUAGCUUCACACAGGUGAGAGGACCUUUCCUAUAAACUUGGAGCCAAAUACGGGAGUGUUCAUUGACUCCCAACAUCCAUGCCAUCGCAUCACUACACACCAGACAAUUCUACCGUCCACAGUGAAAUGGCAAGAAAAACGGACAUCCCUUCCCUUUAUUACGGAGAACCACGGAAGUUUGACCCAACAUUUAGAGGACCAAUCUGCAACAGAAGCUGCACAGACUUGUUUUGCUGUGUGAUCUUCGUCAUCGUCAUCCUUGGAUACAUAGCACUGGGGACUGUGGCGUGGCUACAAGGUGACCCCAGGAAGGUGAUCUACCCUACAGACAGCUACGGACAAUUCUGUGGGCAGAAGGGCACUCCAAACGCAAAAAAAUCCACACUGUUCUACUUCAACAUCCUGAAAUGUGCCAACCCUGCUGUCCUCAUCAACUUACAGUGCCCGACCACUCAGAUGUGUGUUUCCAAGUGCCCGGACAAAUUUUCCACCUAUACAGAUGUGCAGUUGCAAUACCAAAUCACUGCCGCGCCCUGGGACUACUACAGGCAGUUCUGCAAACCAGGAUUCAACAACCCAACAAAGCCCAUUGCACAAGUGUUACGAGACGAGGACUGUCCAUCGAUGAUUGUGCCUAGCAGACCAUUCCUGCAGCGUUGUUUUCCUGACUUCAUCACUCAAAAUGGAACCCUGACGGUGGCCAAAAGAACCCACUUCAAAGAUGCCCUGGACACAGCCCGCAGUGUGACUGAACUAAGAGACGCUGCCAAUGGCAUCACAGGUCUGGUGGAUGCUAAGGAGGUUGGGAUGAAGAUUGUGGAGGACUACGCCGCCUCAUGGAACUGGAUCUUAAUAGGUCUGGUGAUGGCUCUGGUGGUCAGUCUGAUCUUCAUCCUGCUGCUACGUUUCACUGCCGGACUCCUCCUCUGGUUCACCAUCAUUGCAGUCAUACUGGUCAUUGCAUACGGAAUAUGGCACUGUUACCUGGAGUUCUCCCUGCUGAGGCAGCAGCCCGGGGCAGAUGUGACCAUCGUAGACAUCGGCUUCCAGACAGAUGUCAUGGUUUACCUGCAGCUCAGCCAGACAUGGCUCAUCUUCUUGAUAGCUCUGGGUACCAUAGAAGCCUCUAUCCUGAUCAUUCUUAUCUUCCUGAGGAGGAGAGUACGGGUGGCUAUCGCUCUACUGAGAGAGGGAAGCAAGGCCGUCAGCUACAUCAUGUCAACACUCUUCUACCCAAUCAUCACUUUCCUGCUGCUGGCCGUCUGCAGCUCCUAUUUUGCCGUCACCUCUGUAUUCCUGGCCUCCUCUGGAGAUGCCAUCUAUAAAGUAAUGGCUGCUGAGUCCAACUGCAUGUACGCAAACAAGACAUGUAAUCCUGAGACGUUCAACAAGACCAACGUGUCUAAGGCAUGUCCGGGAGCCCAGUGUACAUUUGCGUUCUACGGCGGGGAGACGCCCUACCACCGCUACCUCUUCAUCCUCCAGCUGUCCAACCUGCUCAUCUUCCUGUGGCUGGUCAACUUCACCAUCGCCCUGGGACAGUGUACCCUGGCUGGGGCCUUCGCUUCCUACUACUGGGCCCGGAGGAAGCCCCAGGACAUUCCCCCCUGUCCCCUGUUCUCUUCAUUUAGCAGGGCCAUACGGUAUCACACAGGCUCACUUGCGUUUGGUGCUCUAAUUCUGGCCGUGGUUCAGAUGGCCCGAAUUAUCCUGGAGUAUCUAGAUUCUAAACUCAAAGGUGCCAAUAACGUGGCAGCACGCUUCGUGCUCUGCUGCCUCAAAUGCUGUUUUUGGUGUCUAGAGCGCUUCGUCAAAUUCAUGAACAGAAAUGCUUACAUUAUGAUUGCGAUAUAUGGGAAGGGCUUCUGCAUGUCAGCUCGAGAUGCCUUCUGCCUACUGAUGAGAAACGUAGUCAGGGUGGCGGUGCUGGACAGAGUGACUGACUUCCUACUGUUCCUGGGUAAAGUGCUAAUAGCAGGGAGUGUAGGCGUCAUAGCCUUCUUUUUCUUCACACACAAAAUGCCCAUCUUUCAGGAAGAAGUGCCGACCUUGCAUUACUACUGGGUACCGUUACUGACGGUGAUAUUCGGGUCCUAUUUGAUCGCUCAUGGAUUCUUCAGCGUCUAUGCAAUGUGUGUAGACACACUGUUUCUGUGUUUCUGUGAGGACUUGGAGAGGAAUGAUGGGAGCUCUGAGAAGCCUUUCCUCAUGUCCGCUGGGCUUCACAGUAUUCUGAGAAAAACUGACCACCACUGAGGGACACAAAACAAAACUGUCCUACAAACUAAUAGCUUUACUCUUCUGAGAUAUUUAGCAUGCUUUAAACUCAACGGAACAGAGCUGAACACUAGCUACCUACACUAUGCUGUCUAUCAGCUAGCAAGUAAUAUCAGUCUCUAAUGGACGAUGAGACCACUGGCUGUGACUAUUGCAACUCAAGAACCUUCUCAACUCUUCAGAAUGAACACUGACUGUGAUUUUGAGGGACUCUGAGACUCCUCUUAAGAACUCUUACAUUGACUAUGACAUUUGUGAUCAUUCAAAUAAUUAUUAGAAGUACAGGACACAGACAAUGAGACUAAUAGUAUGACUAUUAAGCAUGAAGACUUUGCUACUGCCUUACCUCAAGACUAGGAACUUGCAGGCAGCAACUCUUUUGGAACAAGGUCAGGUGGUCAGACUUCACUGUGACUUGUUCAGAUAAUCCAACAAACUCGUAACUCUCUGGUGCAGUGAGAGAGAGAUUUAGAGACUUCUGGUUUGCUCCAAACACAUCAGAGGCUAUGCACAUCCAACCUGCAGGACACUACUAUUGUCCCUACCAUCUUCAUUCAUCCGCAGCAGCUGUGCUGUAACUGUAGUUUACAUGAACAAGGGACCUUAAUGCAAAGAAAAGUGCAGCAGACUCUGACAGAACCCUAAAUUGUAGUCUGACCAACACUUGUUCUGCAGACUUUGUCUUUCAGCUAAUGCUCAAACUAGUUGAUUUAUGCUACUCAAAGUCAAUAUUCAUUUCUAAUGGAGUUCCAAAUACUUAGCCACUAAAGGCUAAGCAACAACAGUGUCAAGGACAAUCAUGAGAAAUUCUACCCUGUCACACUACUGCAGUCAACAGUGCAGUUUACGGUCAAAACGCGAAACUGUGGUCACCUUUACACCCACAAAUGGGCUCAGGUACAGCAUGGGUAGCCUGAUUGUGUGUGUGUGUGAUACUACACUGUACAUGUAUGUUAGUGGAGGCUGCUGAGGGGAGAAUGGCUCCUAAUAAUGUCUGGAACGGAGCAAAUGGAAUGGCAUCAAACACCUGGAAACCAUGGAUUUGAUGUAUUUGAUACCAUUCCACUGAUCCGCUCCAGUCAUUACCACGAGCCCGUUCUCCCCAAUUAAGGUGCCACCAACCUCCUUUGAUGUAUGUUUGGAGGGACUAGCUGUUCCGAAUAAGGGCUUCUGUAUAUCUGAUAUGCUCCUGUCCUACUGUAUGAAUAUUGAAUCCUAUUGUUUCAACUUCGUCAAAACCAGAUGGUUUCACUUUCAAAUCAGGAUUUGAUUUUGAAGUCAUGUCAUCUCUUGGUCCUGAUAGGAUCUCAUUACAACUGAAUGGUGUUACUCCCUGGCCAAUGGACUACUCUCCAUAAUCCAGACAUACUGUAUGUUGUGUGAUAGGAAAACCUGCAAGCAAACAAAAAUCCCUAUGCCUAGUUUUGGUUGCUGUAUGGUGGAUUACAGUUGUCUGAAGUGCUGAUUUUUUUCAUUUUACCUGGAUGACCACCCCAGUUCUGGCAAAUACUUGGGGAGACUAUCAAAUACAGAGAAUGUGUACAAAACACUGGUCGAAAGCAUCCACUAUAUUAAACAGAAGGCUAAGGCAGAUCCUGUGGAGAUUCAGAUAAGUCUGUGUCACUGCAAUUUAAGAUCCAUUGAAAAAUAAAUGCUGUUUACCUAGCUGAGCAUAAGGUUUUAUGUACGACUUAAUUGCAGGUUGUAGUUAAUGUGCCUAGCUGGUUGAUAAUGGAGGCUUUUACUUUAGGCUAAACACCUUUUUAGACUCCUGGCAAUGGAAGGAUGUCAAUGUUAUUUUGGUAGAAUUUGGUAGUACAGAUGAAAAAAGUGCUAUGUUUUUAUAAUGUCAAUUACAUGUACAUGCUCUUUUCUACAUUUUGGGAUGAAUAUUUAAUGUAUAUUUAAUUUGGGAUUUUCUUUUGUAAAAUUUAGUCAAUGAGAAUGUGAAGUGACCUUUAUAAAUAAAAUACAUUUGAAUAGUU